AAAGGCCUUCAUAUUAUUUUUAUUUCCGUCUAUCAAGGUUUUUCUAACACUUAUAAUGAAUGAAAAUUAGUUUCAUUAACCAAGCAGUCUCUCGGAAAUACUGAGAUUCCAACAUCCGGUUAUAAAACACAUUGACGGAAGCAUGUUUUCGUUUUCUUCAAUGGACAUUCUGGAAGAAUAAUCCGGCGACAAUUUGGCGAUCGCCAGAAACUUCUUAAGCAAAAUUUUGAGAUCCACCGAAAUUCUAUCAGCCUUAAGAUCUAAAGUUCAAGAGGCUCCUAGCGAAUUUGCGUUAGUUUUAGUUGAAAAGUCAAUGUCGCCGCAUUUAUUAAUCUGAACGGAAAGACUACCAGCAAUUUAAUUUGCUGGCAAAUACUACAGGCGAUGUUUAUCUCAGUAAUGAACUGGGACGGAAUACUGCAUCAUUCGUUUCUUUCUUUCUGAUGACUUUCGGCGGAGGUGUGAUUUUUUUAGCAAUGUUGGCGAUGUUUUAAUCUACGAUGGUUCUUUAUCAUAUUCUUCUGAGUUGUUCCUGGUUGAUCUUAUCAUGGCUUGUAUCUAAAGGAAACGCUGAGAAAAGAAGCUAUAUGACUUAUGACAUGACUACCAUUUGCAAGAAGCUGCCCAACUUCAAGAUUCGGAUGCAUCAUAGCAACGCGGGAUCUACGGGAAUUUUAAAAGCUACGGACUACUUGUCUGAAGAGGAGGAGAGCGAAUGCGUUGCAAAAAUCACACCUCCAAGAGGCUACGGUGUAAUUUAUCAUUUCGAAGGAAUGGAUCUGAGGAAGGACGCAAAUAACGAUUGCAGAGAUUAUAUUAAAAUUUACAAUGAAUCAUCUACGAGCAACAAUACUGCUCCCAUGUGUAGAGACUGUUGUCGUUUCACGAGAUCCGAACAGGUGUGCCACGGUCAUUGUGGAUACGAGAGCGAUGGCCUCAUCUGCGAGGAGUUCUGUGACAAGAACAAUGCCACAUUCCUCAGCACGGGCGCCGCCCGCUCACUUUCCAUUCAUUAUCAUACACGGUGUGGGACGUGUACAGAGAAGAAAGAACAAAUCGGAUUUCGGAUGAUCUUCACAGCUUACAAGAUGCACUCAGGUCCAGACACUCCUUGUGCUUUAUCAUCUGAAUUUCAGUGUGACAACGGUCGUUGUAUUUGGUCUGGAUUGACCUGCGACGGCUACAAUAAUUGUGGUGAUUUGAGCGAUGAAAACAAAACGGGUAAUUCUCAUUGCGCUGAAUUUCCUGAUCCAGUGAAGGCAGUGAUAGUUGCCAGUGCCGUCAUUGUGGCAGUCCUGCUGGGCGUUGUGCUAGCCUAUUUCCCAAAACUUUCCAUGCUAUCAUUCCUCGGGAAGAAAAGAAAAACGGCAUCUUUGCGAUUGUCCAGAAGAUAUGUGAAAAAGAAUUCUCAAACUGAACUCAUCGUCAGAAAACCGUCUCACAGCAAAAGUGUUAGUUUCCAAACUCCCUUGCCUAAGAUUAGAGAACUGAGUAUUGGUGAAUCAGAAGUUUGAAGAGGGAACUCAGUUAUAGCUGAGAAAUCCAUUUUUGUUCUCGUAUCAAAAGUAACAGAUGCAAUGAGAAGCAACAUGAGCUUUCGAACUGUCAAAUCAACGAACAUCCAUUCAUUAUUUUCACAUUAAAAAUAAUGUGGUAUGUGUGAUCAUCGACGUACAAAUUACAUUUUGCACUGAUUCCUCGCAAGUAUCGAUCUUUUAUAGAUCAAUCGACUUUUUCAGGAAAAAAUGCCAAGAGGAGAAAAAAAAGGGAGGGCACAUAAAUUCCUGAUAAAACUUUGAAAACAAUUAGAAUGUUUUCUGCAUAUGAUGUAGAAUAAGCAAUUCCAUAUUUCAAGAUAGUAUGUUCAAAGGCAUGUUUUUAGUAUCUUCAAAGGCAAAAGACAAAUGCUUUUAAAGUGAUUUUUAACAUGCAAAGAAAUAGUAGAUGCCUUGUAGAUCUUAUGCGGGAUGUGCCAAGUUUAUUUUAAUGCAGAUAUCAGAGCUAAAGUGCCAAAUAUACUCAAAUUACAUUCAUUUCAUUUUGUGGUUUAUUCUUAACUUUUUAUUGGAAGCUCUGUUUAAAUUUUGGGAUAUUAUUUCAUAUUUGGAUGACAACAGACUUUGUUAAGUAGUAUUGGUAUAAUGUGAAUAAGUGAAUGAAAUGAAUGAUUUGUUAUUUCGACGUUAAGAAGAAAUAUUUUUAAACAUUAUCAAAUAUUUAACUCUCUUGGUAAGCAUAUAAUAUUUCUGCUUAUUUUUUAAAAGAAAUUUGUUAAAUACCUAUUUAAAGAGUUUUUACACUAGCUUACACUCUUACUCGAUAUUUCAGGUCAUUUUGAACUUUUAUUAUUUACUUGGUAUUAUUAAUCUGGAAAGAUUCAGAUUUUCCUUUUCUCUGCAGGAAAUAUCUCAUGUAUAUUGUGAUUUAGAAUCAGCAUUAAAUAUUUAUACCGA